UGGGCAGUCCUCUGACGGUGCUGAAAAAAGCCAUUUUCUGGCGCUGCUGCAAAUUCUGUCCAAGUCCCAAAUAACUGAGCCGCCCUGCGCCGCGAGGACGCGGACCCUCGGAGGAGAGACCAGAUCAGCCCAGAUGGAUAAAAUGCAGCCUAACCGGAUCAAAAUCACAGAUCUGAACCCACACCUCACAUGCCCUCUGUGCGCCGGCUACCUGAUUGAUGCUACGACCAUCGUAGAGUGCCUGCACUCCUUUUGUAAAACAUGCAUCGUUGCCUUCCUCGAGACAAAUAAGUUCUGUCCUCGAUGUGACGUCCAGGUCCACAAGACGUGUCCACAGCUCAGCAUCAGAGCAGACAAAACUCUGCAAGACAUUGUUUAUAAGCUCGUUCCGGGGUUAUUCAAAGAUGAGAUGAAACGGAGGCGGGACUUCUACGCAGAGAAUCGUGUGCUGGAACCGGGGGAAGUGGUGGAGACGUUCAACAUAGCAGAGGAUGAAAUUAUCAGUCUGUCCAUACAGUUCUACGAGAGGAACAAAAAUAAUGAGAGGCAGCAUUCAGAGAUGGAAGGAGACAAGUCCAACGGUAAACGCUUCCUGCAGUGCCCGGCAGCCAUGUCCGUCAUGCACUUAGCGAAGUUCCUCCGCAGCAAGAUGGAUAUACCCAACAACUAUCGGGUGGAGGUGCUGUAUGGGGACGAACCCUUAAAGGACUACUACACACUAAUGGAUAUCGCUUACUUCUACGAGUGGAGACGAACUGGACCCAUCCCUCUGCAGUAUCUGGUCAAACCCACCCGGAAACGCCGGAGGCCGUCCCAGUCUGCUGCUCAGGGCCACUCCGACGGCGUCAACACCAGCCCAACGUCGGAGAGCGACUCUCAGAGCGACAAAGUCCACAGUCCCGCUGCCGCUCAGCCGGCCCGAGCCUCCUCUCAAUCCAGCCCGGCGUCCCACAACCUCUCUCCCGCCAUCCAAAGCUCCAACGGUACCACUGUGUCCAACAACGCUCAGCGACACGCCCUCUCCUCCAAACAGGCCGCUCGGAAGGUGACUGUCAACGGCACGAGCUCCGGGGCCAGCAAAGAGGAGGCGAGGGGGGGCGACAAAAGCGGCCUGCCUCCCACGACCUAACGCGUGCGCACACGGCGGCGAGGAGGACACUGUUUGAAUUGCUUCCUUGUUUCUUUGUGCAGAGCAAAGACAGCUCGGGCCUUCGUCCUUCUGGAAAUGCGGGAGGCAGAUUUGUGUUAUCUUCCAGCAGGACAGACUGAAACGUGCAGCCAAAUAGACACUUGUAUGUAUGUGCGUGUGCGUGCGUGUUUAUGUGUGUUAGACUAGAACAGUGCACACAUACAAACUGUACAGUAUGUAUCAAAUGUGAGCAUGUGUGCGUACAUAUGUAUAAACUUAUCUUUUAUACAAGAUAUUGUAAUCGUUUUGUAUUGUACACGCAGUGGGUCUGUUUCAUUUCCAUAAGCAUCGAUUUGGCCUCCGUGAAACUUGAGACAAAAUGCUGAAAGGCAUUGCAGUGCGGCUCACUGCUGAAGCUGGAUGUAAAGACGAGGAAGAGAAACUCUUGCUUUAAACAGUCAGACGUGUCAAUAACUGCUGUAUAAGUGUCCAGUAUAAGCAACAGCUCAUCAGGUAACACAUGCUCAUUAAACUGUUGAUGCACUUUGUUACGGUCACUUCACACAAACCGACAAGUAUUUUCCCGACAGGAGAAGCAUUAAUAUUUACAGAAGCACUACCAAGCUGUUUGUCAGCGUUCUUUCCUUCAUGGCAGUCGAAGAACUCAAAAGGGAUUUUUGAAUAUUUGGCCAUGUAUGUUGUAGUUCCAUGCAUUCCAAGCAUUCCUUUGAUUUUUUUUUUUCUUCUUUCCGUUCAACAAUGAUGCUUUGUUUUUGUUUUUUUCCAAUUACAAAAAAGCAGCCAUAUGUGCAUGUUUUAGGUCAAUAAAAUGUUUACUUACUAGGUU